AUGAACUCAAAACUAAUUCUUCGUUUCAAGAAGCACCUGAAGACCGUUAAGAAAGAGUACGGUAUGUUUGCGAGUCUGCUUAUUGCUGCUGUUUUGGGUAUAAUGCUUGCAUUGCUCCUAUACAGGCGGGCAUUUCAUUUGCUGGUCAAAUGGCAAGUUAUAACAUUAAAAGAGAAACUGGAAAAGAGUGUGGAUCUCAUUGAAAAAGAGCGAAAGCAAAAGAAAGCAAAGGAUAAGGAGAAGAGGUUUAACGAGGAAAAGUACUUCCCUCGUUCAUUACACCUUGUUCCUGAUAGGGCAAAAGACCAGGUCAAGAUGGCUGUUGACGAAAUCUGCAAAAGAGUGCAUUUCUUCAACACCAUGAAGGUAGAACAAAUACAGAAGCUGUUUAAGUCAGAAGACAUGCACUAUUUGGUGGUUGGUGAUAACAAACGGGAACUAGAACGUACUGUUGAUGAAAUUGUAUCAGGAGUAAACAAGAGACUGAAUCAGAUGAAGAAGUUCCGUGAUGAAGAUAAGGACUUAGACAAGGUGAAGUGGGAUGAUGAUUCAAUUUCAAAUGAUGAAGUGAUGGUGUCAAAAGUCACUAUAGGCCUGUUUGAUAUAACAGGUAUCUAUUUCGGAGAGGCAGAAGAAAAUAUAAAGCGUCUAUUCAGCCAGAUGCUUGAGGAAAAGGAUCCGUAUAAUGCCAGUAUCACUGUAUUUAGUGAGUGUCAAAUGAUAUUCAAGAAAAGAAUUGAGGGAGAGAAUUCAAGUGGAUUGAUUGGAUCAAUUCUAGCUGAGGUACUGGGGCAAUUUAACAGGUUGAAUGAGAAGCCAGGACCAAUCUUUAUGAUUGCAUGGACUACUCUACCACGAUACGUGGAUUCAGCCAUAAAAAGGAGAUUCUUUAACCUGAUUACGGUUUGA